AUGGAAGAUUCGCCUGUACGAAAAGUCAUUUCGAUAGAAGAGUACGUUAUGAAAAUUAAUAGUACUCGCGGUACGGUGACAUCUUUGGAGGAAAGUCUCAUGAUCUCGCGAAACUUGGAGGCGGAACGAUGGAUGCGAUACUCAAAUUUGAAGAUGAGAAAUCAAAUAAUGAUGGACGAUCUGAAGAAGGCGAACAAACGCAAUAAAAAUAUGCUCAAUUUAUUCCGACAGAGCGUUACAGACAUUCGUUUCGGAAGCGAAAUAGCGUUGCCGGAAUCAUUGAAGAGGGAAGUUCAAAGAACUUGGCAUCAGAAGUACGAUGCUUUGUUAACGAAGAAUGAACAAUUAAAAGGAGAUCUUAGCGUCGCGAAUUCUCUCCUCAAAGAAAAAACGCACGAGAUUAAUAAUCUUCAACAAAAGUUAUUGACACUCGGUGAUAGUUUGUUCGAACGGAACCAAACCGUGGAAAAUAUUUGUAAAAAAUAUUUAGCCUUAAAGAAGCGAAAGGACGAACAAGAAAUUCUGCUACGUGGCUCUAUCGAAACGUUGCAACUCGAAAUAAAUAAAAAGUACACGCUAUAG